AUGUCAAUCAAUGAAAGUAGCAGUGGCACAGGUAUUCCCACAAUCUCAUCAUCAUCUUUGUCUUUGGCAUAUUAUGAAAAAGAUCCUGAAAAACUAAGUGGUUAUAAUCAGUAUAAAGCUAUAAAGAGGACUUUAAAAAAUAUUGUCUAUGAGUCCUUACAGCCUCAAGAAUUUGAAGACGGGUGGGCCAAAAUGAUUACCGAUUACAGUCUAGAGAAAAAUGAGUGGUUGUCAUCCUUGUAUAAAGAUCGCAUGCGUUGGAUACCCGUCUAUGUGAGAGUAAUAUUUUGGGCAGGAAUGUCUACGACUCAAAGAAGUGAAAGCAUGAAUGCUUUUUUUGACGGGUAUGUUAACUCAAAAACUAUGUUGCGACAAUUUGUUGAACAAUAUGACAACGCACUAAAGAACAAGAUGGAGAAAGAAAUCAAGGCUGACUAUGCAUCUCUUAAUUCAUCGAACCAAUUACUAACUCGAUAUCAUUUCGAAAGGCAGUUUCAAGAGACGUACACCAAUGCCAUUUUUAACUUGUUUCAAGAUGAAUUGAGAGGUAUGAUAUAUUGCAAUUGUUCAUUGUAUAAAACAGAAGGCACAUUAUCAUUAUUUCAUGUCAUGGAUAUCCAAGAAGGUAAGUAUGAAGAAUUCAAGAGGAGAGUUGUAUAUACCAUGAGUUAUAAUGAGGUUGGAUGUGAUAUCAAAUGCACUUGUCAUUUGUUUGAAUUUCGAGGCAUUAUCUGUAGGCAUAUUAUAAAGAUUUUAAUCGAGAAGGGGAUUAAUGAAAUUUCAUCACGUUAUGUUUUGUCUCGAUGGAGAAAAGAUGUGAAACAUCGACAAUACUUUGUGACAAAUUGUUACGACGAUUUGAAGAGCGGGGAGCAAACUCAACAAUUUGAUCGCAUGUGUACCAACUUUUAUGAAGCUGCUCAUAUCGCGGAUACUCCAAAAAAGUAUGAAUAUUUGAUGAAAUGUAUAAAUAUUGCGAAAGAAAAACUAGAUGAUAAGUCGAGUUGGAGUGUUAACAGUAAGUUGAUUGAAGAUGUUUCAAGUCUUGGUGUUCAUGAUGCUUUGGAAUCAACAAGCAAAAUAUUAUCGCCUAAAAAAGUACGUAGGUCGUCCGCCAUCGAAGAGAAAAGAAACCAAAAUUGA